CCUUACCACCAUUCUUCCUCCACCACCAGACGUCGUUAUGUCCUCGUUUCAAAAGGGAAAUCAAUUGCCCGUCGUUGUGGAAGAGGCUUCGGCAGACAUAGUCGUUGUGUCGAUCAAGACAGAAGGAAGAACUUUUCGUAGGCAGGUAGAGAGGAUGGUCGUUAGGGUGUCGCUUCAGUGAAAGACAAGUGAAAGUGAAGAGAAACAAGGUAUAUUCGAAACGUUAUCUCUUCCAAGCAAAGAAAUGCAACCGGUAAGAACAUCAACGACAAGAAGAGACACUCUCCCUCAUAUCAACACUUACAAAUCGCAUUUCAAAGGCGAAACUGGUGACAAACGAGCGAUACACAAAAGGAUUUCGUCAAAUCUAAAAGAGAAAAGAAGACAAGAAAAUGGAGAAAAGAAGAGGAAAAUACGCCAAUCAUCAACUCAUCUAAAUCAGAUGUCAAGCUGUGACGUCGCCCAGGGAAUAUUAGACAAAAACAAACGACGACAAUCAGACGGUCACGAUGGAGUCAAAGCAAAAGCGACAAAACAAAAUGAAAUCGCGUCGAACUCUGGCUUAGACUGCAGCCGUAUUGAUGGCCUGCAUCCAAUGAAUGACGAGACGGUCGACAGUUGUACUUCGACUGGCAGCGAAAUGGUGAAUGCAACGAAAAAAAUUGCAUCGUUUGCGUAUCCCCUUCCUCAUUCCGAUUGCUAUCGGUCGCAAUCCGAGAGACAAGUUUCUAUGUACACUAUGAUACAGCCGACUCCGUCAAUACCACCAUUCGCUUACCCAUAUUUGGGAUGUAUUGCUCCAUUGCAAUCCUCGACUUUUCCUCAUCCAGGAUUCAGCCACUUACCAAACUUCAUGGCAUACGGGAUAUGGAAUACCAAUCACGAAAUGACUACGGAAAUCAACCCAGGUUUUCAAGAUAAAAUAGUAUCACCAGUUGAAGACAAACAAAAGAGUGUCGCUCCACAUCGUGACGUACAUUACCCGCCAUCACCAAACUCUUUGCAUCAACUAGACCGUCCACCGUCAAUCGACACGCCAACAGACAACUGCAAUGAUUCCGACGAAGAACAGCGUUAUCAAUCAGACGGAGAUUUAGAACAACGAAUGUCGACUCGUGUGGGCGAAAAUACAGACAAAAAUCAAUCAUUCAUUCCCGAUCCGUUAGACGACAAAACAAGCAGCCGUUCACAAUCCUUACAACAAGAAGAGAACAAGUCAAACAGCAAGAGAGAAGCAAAAUUGAACCAAAAAUGGAUUGAAACGAGAAAGGCGCAUCAGCGACGCGAGUUGUCAUCUAAAGAGGCAAAGAAAAACAUUUCCACGAGAUUGACGCCAAACAUGACAAAAAGGAAAAAACCAAUCGCACAAACGAAACGUUUAGUACGAGCACGAAUACGUACUGCUACUACAGAAGAAGACGCGGCUCUCUUUGAAGCUCUCUGGAUAUCAAAACAAGAACAAAACUUCGACAAGAAACAGACAGUCAAACCAUCACCUCGACCUCCAGUCCCAACCGCAAGAAAAAAGCGCGUCUACGGUAAUCCGGAAUUUUUCUACUCGCCUCGUCCUUCUAGCAGUCGCAGCAAGUGCGCCAACGACGACGUCCCUCGAUACAAAAUCGACGACAUCGUGUGGGCAAAACUAGUCAGUCGACCUUGGUGGCCGGCAAAGGUGCUUUCAUUCAGCAAAGACGACGGUCACAGCAUGUACGACGUGUCAGUGCAAUGGCUGGGCAAGAGCUCGAAUUGUACCGACGUGCUGCCGUCGUCUUUGAUUUGUCCGUUUUCGGAAAAUUUCGACGAGCAUUAUCUGCCCAACAAGACGAAGAGCACGUACGUUAAGGCGGUUCGAGAUGCCUUGCAAAAGUCGGAAUUAGAAGUUAAUCGCUUUACACGUUUAUCCGAUCAACGCCAUUAACAUUUGACACGUUACCAGAUGAAGACGUCAGUUAGAUCUAAUAUAGAUGAGAAACUUCGUUUUAAUGAUAUAAAAAUGUUUAUUGCAAAAUAGCAAAUAUCAAACAUUGGAUUUGUUUAUAAAAUCAAUAAAUAUAGAUUUCCUUAUUUCCUAAACUUUCAAUUAAUCGAUAUGAGCGUUUCUAACGCACGUUACAACCAGUAACUAAUA